AUGUCGAAUACAAUACGGAGAUUGCGAUGUUUUAUUGUUCAAUGUGCUUUCGAAGCAGACAAAUUGUUGAGCUUUAAUAAAACUUACGACAUAACUUAUAGGUUUCUGACUCUUUGUCUCGAAUUCUUUUCUGCUUUUUGUAUAAACAGCAUCAAUAAUUUUAACAAUGAUUACAAGUUUUGUGAGACAAGAAUAAAUGGAUUUCAUGUGUUGCUUGAGGGUUAUACAAAUGGAAAUUAUAUUUAA